GGUCCACGUGUGUCACAUGACUCGUCAGAGCGGAAGUGAAGGACUGGGCCGCAGAGCGAAGGGAAAGCAGCAGCCUCAGGAUGCAGAGCACCACUAACUACCUGUGGCUGAUCUCAGACCUGCUGGGUCAGGGAGCCACGGCCAACGUCUACCGGGGUCGACACAAGAAAACCGGGGACCUGUACGCCGUCAAGGUUUUCAACAACCUGAGCUUCCUGCGGCCGCUGGACGUCCAGAUGAGGGAGUUUGAGGUUCUGAAGAAACUCAACCACAAGAACAUCGUGAAGCUCUUCGCGGUGGAGGAAGAGUCGAACACGCGGCACAAGGUGCUGGUGAUGGAGUACUGUCCCUGUGGAAGCCUCUACACCGUGCUGGAGGAGUCGUCCAACGCCUACGGGCUCCCGGAGGACGAGUUCCUCAUCGUCCUGCACGAUGUCGUGGCUGGUAUGAACCACCUGAGAGAAUACGGCAUCGUUCAUCGAGACAUCAAACCAGGAAACAUCAUGAGGGUGAUCGGAGAGGACGGCUGCUCCGUCUACAAGCUGACGGACUUCGGGGCGGCGAGGGAGCUGGAGGACGACGAGCAGUUUGUGUCUCUGUACGGGACCGAGGAAUAUCUGCAUCCCGACAUGUACGAGCGCGCCGUGCUGAGAAAAGACCACCAGAAGAAGUACGGAGCCACCGUGGAUCUGUGGAGCAUCGGCGUCACCUUCUACCACGCCGCCACCGGCAGCCUCCCGUUCCGGCCGUUCGAGGGGCCGCGCAGGAACAAGGAAGUGAUGUAUAAAAUCAUCACCGAGAAACCGUCCGGGACCAUCUCCGGUCACCAGAAGUCUGAGAACGGGAAGAUCGAGUGGAGCACGGAGAUGCCGGUGUCCUGCAGUCUGUCAAAGGGUCUGCAGAGCCUCCUGACUCCGGUUCUCGCCAACAUCCUGGAGGCCGAUCAGGAGAAGUGUUGGGGCUUCGACCAGUUCUUCGCGGAGACCAACGACAUCCUGCACAGAGCCGUGGUCUACGUGUUCAGUCUGCAGCAGGCCACGCUGCAUCGCGUCUACAUCCACGAAUACAACACGGCGGCGCUGUUCCAGGAGCUGAUGUCCCGCAGGACGAACAUCCCGCUCCACAACCAGGAGCUGCUGUACGAGGGACGCCACCUGGUCCUGGACCCAAACCGCCAGGCCAAGAACUUCCCCAAGACGUCCAGAGAAAACCCCAUCAUGCUCGUCAGCCGCGAGUCCGUCGCCACCGUGGGACUCAUCUUUGAAGAUCCGAGUCCUCCUAAAGUCCAGCCCCGCUACGACCUGGACCUGGACGCCAGCUACGCAAAGACGUUUGCAGGCGACGUGGGACACUUGUGGAAAACCUCCGAGUCUCUGCUGGUUUAUCAGGAGCUGGUGAGAAAAGGAGUUCGAGGUUUGAAUGAGCUGAUGAAGGAGGACUACAGUGAGAUCCAACACAAGAAGUCUGAGGUUUUCCAUCUUUGUAACUACUGCACAAAGAUACUGGAGAGAACUGAGCAGCUGUUCGAGGUGCUGAUGCAGGCAAACCUCCUGUCGUCAGAAUACGACGAGAUCUCAGACAUGCACAAGAAAAUCAUCAGAAUCUCUGGAACUUUGGAGCCGAUCGAACGAACGACACAAGACAUCAAGAGUAAGUUUGUCCCCGGAGGCCUCCUGACGGACAGCUGGACGCAGCAGGUGGGGACGCACCCCAAAGACAGGAAUGUGGAGAAAAUCAAAGUGCUGUUGGACGCCAUCACGGCGAUUUAUCACCAGUUCAAGAAGGACAAAGCAGAAAGACGUUUGCCGUACAACGAGGAGCAGAUCCACAAGUUUGAUAAACAGAAGCUGGUUCUUCAUGCGAGUAAAGCUCGUUCCCUGUUCACUGAAGAAUGUGCCAUGAAGUAUCGUCUGUUCAUCUCCAAGAGUGAAGAGUGGAUGAGGAAGGUUCAUCACGUGAGGAAGCAGCUGCUCACCCUGUCGGGUCAGCUGAUCAGCAUCGAGAAGGAGGUCACCAUGCUGAUGGAGCGAACCAUCAAGCUGCAGGAGCAGCUGCCUCAGAAGGUCCUUCCACUGGUUUCCAGUGGGAUGAAGCCUCAGGCCUACCUGAGUCAGAACACACUGGUGGAGAUGACGCUCGGGAUGAAGAAGCUGAAGGAGGAGAUGGAGGGCGUGGUCAAAGAGCUGGCAGAGAACAACCACUUCCUAGAGAGGUUCGGGACGUUGACGCUGGACGGAGGACUGAGAGGAUGAGCAGCUUCAACAGAUUCUGUCUUUAACUUGUAAAUAAAGUUGGACUGAGACAGAGAGUGUUUGGAUUGAACGAGCCUCUCGGACUCGUCUGUGACUCGUCUGUGACUCGUCUGUGACUCUGCUGCUUCACAAACAGCUCUGAUCAGCUCACCUGUCGGGAUGAGACGUGUCAAUCAAAUUCUGACCUGAAGGAAAUGAAGCUGUGAAACAGAAGCAUCACUCAAGAGCCCGGGACGUCCUGCUGGGACACAUGAGCACCUGAGACGUUCAUCUGUAACUACAAAUGAAUCAUUACAUUUGAAUGUAUUUUUAGUGUUUGGUGUGUUUUCAGGUGUUUCAUUAAUGAUUAUAUAACGAAGCAUGUAAUUGUAAUAAAUCUUUAAAAGAUAUAAAAUGCAGAAUAUAAUUGAAAAUACUUUCACUUACUACAGAUGACUAAUUAUCCCAUUGAAAAUGAUAAAUUACCUUUGGACUAAGUGACAUUUGAAUAUUUGACGUCAACAAGCUGAUACUAUUUGUUUUAUUAGUUUUUUUUUCUAUUUAAUUUCUUAUUUAUUGUUUGUUCAAAACAAUCAAUAAACAUUAUGGGAUAUUUUCUCUGGACAGUACUUACAUAACUACCAGUACCAGACAUUAAUUAGUUUGGUCGAUAAUCAUCAUUCAAAACGUUCAGCAACGCAAAAAAACCUGUAAAUAAAUAUAAAUCUGAACAUU